AUGAACAUCAACAAACCCUCUCCCUCUCUUCCCCGUCUUACUCCUCCACUCAGCAGCCAACAGAAUCUCCCGUCCCCGGUGUUGACAAUGACUGUCCUCUCCAAAUCUGACGCUUGCAUGCACUACAACAACGCCUGCGAGAAGCUCUUCGGGAAGACGUUCCCCCCGACUGUUCACGAGAUCAAUAAGAGCGAGUUCAAAGCUGAGGUUAGAGUGACCUUUGAAGACGGUGUAAUCAAGCUUCUCGGUGAGGGCGCUGGGACUAGCAAGCAGAUCGCGAAGAACCUUGCCUGCAGCGAGGCGUAUAACCAACUUCGCGUCAUCUUCCCCGAGUACAACCUCCCGCCCCUUGUCUGA